AUGGCUGGUGAAACAAAUGCGACAUCCAUGCCGGACACGGGCUUUCCCAAUGCCCUCCUUGGCCUGGUCAUCCCACACGGCAUCUGCACCCUUUUCAUCCUCGCGCGACUGGCCGCCCGCUUGCUCGUCCUCCGCAAGUGGUUCGUCGACGAUACUCUCAUCGUCUUCUCUUUCCUCGCUUCCACGGGCGUCUGUGUCGUCUACAGCAUCGCCGCCCAGACACCAGACGUCCUGCACGCCGAUGAACCCGCCCUACAGGAGGGCCUCGGGAAGAACUGGGGCGUGCACCCGUACAUAUUGCGCACGUAUCUCGGCCUUCUUUUCUACCAGAUCACGCUGUGUCUGACCAAACUCUCGAUCCUGACGUUCUACCUCCGCGUCUUUGCCUCGCGGGCAAAAGAGAGGCGACUCGUCUGGUGCACCAUCCUCUUCGUCCUGCUGUACGGCGUGCCCAUGCUGCUCAUGAGCGUGCUGCAAUGCCACCCAUCGCCGGGCCACUUUUUCGGGCGGCCCAUGGCCUGCUUCGGCUUCCAGAACCUACUCAUCGCCUCGGCGACGUUCCACGCCGUGACGGACGUCUGGCUCCUGCUCCUCAUCCUGCCGUGCAUCUCGGGUCUCGACAUCCCCUCCAAGCAAAAGGUCGUCCUGUCUAUCGUGCUGAACCUCGGCAUCUUCGUCGUCGCCGCCGGCGUCGUGAGGCUGAUGCUCAGCGUCAGGGAGGACUGGCGCCCCGACCUCGUCGGCGCCACGGCAGCGCUGGCCUUCUUCGUCAUGACGAUCCUCGAGUGCGACCUCGCCAUCAUCUGCGCCAGCGCGCCGACGCUGCGACCGCUGCUCGCGAGAAUGUACCCGUGGAUCAUGGCCGAUCCGCGCCGGAGGUCCAUGAGGCCCCUCGUGCCGGCGAUGCCCGCCGCCCCGACGGCGGUGCGCAGCGAGAAUCUGACGGCCGUCAGCUACAGAGGGUAUCCGUGGACGGAGCCGGGGACACCUGAGCUGGGGCGAAGCCGCAACGGGAGCGUUGGCAGCGGUCUGAACAAGUUGACCAAGACGAGAAAGGGGGCGCCGCGACCGCCCAUGCCGGCUGUUGCGCUCGUGGGCAUGAGGACGCCGACGUCGCUGAGCUUGAGGAGCAUGGUCGGCGGCAUGUCUGCCGGUGCUACGGCGAACAGGAGUCGGCUCGGAAUGGGAGACGACAGGCCAAUACUGGACGUCAGCCGACGAACGUCAGAGGUGAGCGGGCACCUGGAGGGCGAUGCCGAGUGCCUGGAGAUGGGGCUCGAGAGACCACGGGCGCUUGGUGAUCGGUGGAGUCGGAGCGAGGAGAGUCUCGUGGUCGGGCUCAACGACCCGUUGGCGCCGGCAAGCCCGACGAGUCCGACGAGUGUCUACCGGGGUAGGGCAUAUCUCUAUCGGCCGACAAGCGGAGAGCAAGAGAUAUCUCUAUCGGCCGACAAGCGGAGAGCAAGAGAGACAAGGUGA